UAGCGGGUUUAUUUACCUUUCCAGUAUGCAAGUGGUUAUGUAGGAGUCUCCUACAUUUUUCCUGUUAUUUAUUUAACGGCAGGUAUCAUGUUUGGAUCUCAUUACUUGAUUUCUGUACUAUGAUCUUAUGAAUAAAGCAUGCGAUACAGCAUCGAUAUGUGGGUUGGGGAAUUAUAUAAGUUCUCAGAUAAAUAAAUAUUAAAAAGGAUGUUGAUAAUCAUACUAAUCAGUCUUCAACGACUAUCUCCUUGCAUCUUGGGAAUUAUGUAUAAAGGCUCAUAAAGCCCAAUUAGAUUGUAACUCUUAUUCGGUCGAUGUUAUUUUAAUUUUGAUACCAUAAGUCUCUAUUCUUUUAGAUACUUUUCUUCAAAGUAUUUCAAUGAUUGGGUCCGGGUGUUUAGAUCAUGUUCCGACAACUAAAGAAUUGGUUUCUCCAUAAAUACACUAACAAAUCAUUAUAAAACUGAAGAGGGAAAAGUCCUCAUACACAUUUAAAUGAGCACACUUUCAUUGAUGAUACGAGAACAGUUCCCUAAUAAUUGAAUCUCGAUUUACGAAGUAUGUACGCAUGAGUUUACCUCGUUCAUCAUAAGGUUGGUAUCGGUUAUUGGAUUAAGCCAAACAGAUUAGUGAUUGGUACAACUGAGAUGUGAUUAGUAAACACUUGUUAGUUCGUUCGAAUGAGAUUUUAAAGUACUUUGAAGGAUAGUUUUCUCAGUUCGGCGUGAAUAUUUACAACCUGAUACAAUUACGUCUGUAUGUUUCCUUUUUGAAAGCAGUUAUUUAUGAUCAUUCACAAAACUUGGACUGAAAUUGAUGGACAAGUAAGCAGUCUAGAAAUGUGCACUAAUUCUACUGAUCGGUUAGUCAUAAGCAAUAUACAACCUGAAAUGUGCAUUGGCCUAGGUUAUCACGCCUUACUAGGAUAAGGUUAUGAAGAUGAAUAUCAGAGUAGUCAUAUAAAUGGCAGUAAAAAACGUUAUCAACAGUUUUAUUCGGAAAGAAAUAGGGAAUUUUCAGGACAAAAAAAUUCCCAGGCUUUUUUAAAACUCGAGACCCAGGAAAAAGUAGAGUGUCUGCACCUACAACACUACAAUUUCCCUAUGGACCGAGUCACUCAACGUCUCCAGCUACUGAUCAUGGUUUGCACCUAACAUUGUUCAGAUUAGUGGUAAGUGACUUCGCGGACUCACGAUACGUCUCGGUUUAGUUCCUCCUGGUUUGAAUUCAACCUACUACGAGUGGUGGCUUGGUGGUUUUAAGACCCUCGGUUUUCGGCUACUAAAUCCUAGAUUUGAACCCCGCCCCUCCUACUUCUGUUUGGGCAACUGGGUAAUAUCAUUAGCUCUUACACUUAGCGUGGCUCAUACCGAAAACGUGUUUAAUAAAUUAAUUAGAAACGAUGACAAAGAUCGGCUGUCGAAACAGGUAGUGGUUGCAGACAUGCAAUAUAUAUCUCAACCACCUCAGUCUAUGGAGAUCUACAUAUUGAUCAACUAACUUGCCACCUUUGUUUGGUGCCGUAUCCCUAACUUCAGUAUCACUCACUCUGUCGGUCCAUGAUAGACGAGGAAUACUUCGAAGGCAUGUUACACAACCUGCGCCCUGAGCGCGUCUUCUACUUUCAUAGACCAUGUUUCAUGUCCACGGAAUAGUACAAAGCGAAUCGCUUCGUACUAUACUUGUCAUUUGGCGAGUGGAUGGACCUCUCGUUUACAGCACAACGCAAAUCAGAGGAAGCCAACAGGACUUUGUGAAUGCGUGGUGAGACUGUUGUGGACGCCAAACUACCAGGGUUGACGAGACUUAUGAUAUAAGUGGAGUGGUCAACAUACUCAACUACUUCACUUACUAUGAUCAAAGCAGGCGACGAUCCAAAUUCAUCCUGAUGACAUUUUGCAUUUGGAGGGCGAGAAGCACACACCGAACAUGUUCACAUCUUUUCUCAAGCUGAUCGAAAUACUGGAUUAUGUCACCGUCUUCACCGAAUAGGACUAUAUCGUCUGUCUACUUUAAGUUGAUAGGUAUUGGUAAAUCAAUCGUUGAAAAGGUAUAAGAAAGCGACAGAAUCUCGAUCAUCGUCAUCCCUAAAAAUCUAUGGAGUCAGCCUGUUAUGUUAUGCUGCUUUCCUUUGAUUCAAGUUAGUUAUAGCUUCCUUAACCUUACUAAGAGUUGGGGACCUAGGUGGAGUUUUGUUCUUUGAGCUGCAUGGUCGAGGUCGACAGGACAAGCUGUGAGUCAUGUCGAAAAAUUCGAACACUUCACUCCUACUUAGAGUUUGUACUGAUUAUGUUGUUUAGAAGAACAAUGAAAGCUUCGCGACCAAACCAUCCAGCUCAGAAAACUAAACUCCACCUGAGCUACUAGUCUUUUUCACUAUCUCAAGUUGGUGACUUGUGUCGAUUUCCCAUUUCGGUUGUUUGGAAAUAUUGUAACUCGACCUCUAACAUUUGGGCUUUUGAUGCCUGUCUUUUUUGAUAAAUCUGAAGACAUGUCUGGUGUUAUGUUUCAUUCCCUUUCUCAUCUCUUCUCCAUUCAUCGCCCACAAUUCACGCGUAGGUUUUAUAUCAGUUUGCGUGUAAGUUGUCUUCGCUCGUUAUCGCAUUCGGAGCCUUAAAUAUACUUUUGACUUCUAAGUUGAGCUUUAAGUGUAUUUCUUGAAGUUUUGUCAUCCAAUAUUACAUGAGAACGCGUUUUCACAAUACAGCUUGAUCAUGUUUAACAGAAAUGUACUGCAGAACGAGCACUAGCCUUCCACUAAAUCUUAAGCAAUAAAUGACGAUAAUAUGAUCUACUUGCAUCCGUCUAGUUAGUUUCGAUGGUCCCCAUGUCAGAUGAUCAUUGGUAUUUUGGCUUCUUUCACAAUUGUUCCUUUAAAUGAACACAUAAAUGGGAAGGCUCAUUGCAAUGUGCUUUGAAAGUUCGUUAAAGCCACUAGUUUUUGUUUGACAGCUGUAGCUUAUUACCACCAUUGUGACUAUAUUUUAUUCACUUUCUCAACUAAUCAGUUUCUUAUUGUUACUAGAAAAUUUCACACAGAGUAAAUGUUGUUUCCUUGUAAAUCAGAUUUAUAUUUUUGAUUAUGAACAGUUUAAUGUGUAGUCGAUAAUUAAACUUGAAUGGACUAGUAAAGUUUAAUUGAUCAUCAUUUUCCCCUUCAUUUGUUUCUAGGGCACUUAAUCUUUUUUAGUAACAAUGUCCUCUGCCUUUACUGCAAAGGAUUUGAAUCAUUUCGAUUAUGUUAUUAUUGGAGGUGGGAUUGCUGGUGUUGUGUGUGCUGAAACAUUAUGCGAACUCUUAAAUCCAAGCAGGUUUUCUGGGGCUCUCCAGUCAUCGUCGGGUCAUCUAAACUAUGCAUCUAAACGUGUAGCAUUGAUAUCUGCUUCUCAAACUGUGAAAACUACAGUCAAUCUACGUCGAAUAAGCAAUAUGAUCGAAACUUUUGAUAUUGAGGAGAAAUCUGGUAGUUCAUGGUCUGAAACAUGGCCCGACACGUUAACCGUAAUCUGUGAUACAGUGAUAAAACUAGAUCCUUCUAGUCAUACUGUUUAUUUACAACAACGUGGUUAUGAGAAUCCAAUUUUUUAUGACAAAUUAUGUCUAACAACUGGCGGUGUUCCGCGGCUUAUUGAUCCGAAGCACCCAUAUGUUAUUGGUCUACGGGAUACAGAGAGCAUCAAAAAUUUUCAACACCGUCUACUGGGCACUCGUCGUAUGGUGUUAGUUGGGAAUGGAGGUAUAGCAACAGAGAUCGCACAUGAAGUCUCUGGUUGUCAAAUUAUUUGGGUUAUUAAAGACAGCAGCAUUAGCACACCAUUUCUUGACUCAGUGGCUGCCACAUUUUUAUUAGAAGCAAGAGAAAUUUCAAAGCAAAAUGAUUCUGUUGAGAAGAAAGCUGAAGUUAGUUCCAGACCAUCUGGAGAUAAAAUCUCAGAGGAUACACAAAUCAGACGCAUGCGUUAUAUUGUGGCUGAGGAACGCCAAUCAGAAGAUAUCACAAAAGCUUCAGAAGAUCAUCUCAUGCUUGUUCCUGAUCAACAGCAUCCGUACGAAUUGGAUAUCGGUAAAUCAUCAGUUGCUGGUGCUGCUCCAGGUCCAGAUUGGGCAUAUGGACGCAAAUUACAUGGACGACUUGUCAAUACAGUCGAUGGUAGACUACUUAAAGUAGUUUAUCAAACCAAAAUCAAACAGUUUUUAUCUCCAGAAGAGUUUCAUGACUUAAAUAGAUUAGAAACCCUGCCUUUUACAAACAAGCUCAAUGAUAAUGUGUUAUCCGUUAAUGAUUGGCCAGUUUAUGUCGAGUUAACAAAUGGUGAAAUUUAUGGAUGCGAUUUAGUUGUAAGUGCAGUUGGCGUUGAAGCAAAUUUAAAUCCACUAAACAGAAGUCCUAGCAACGUGGAUAAUACUACUCAUAAUACUGGUAAUACUUAUAACAUUAAUAAUAAAGGAACUGAAAUCACAGAGUCAUCUAACUUAAAUGCUUUAUUUCAUUGCGCCUCUAUGGAACAUGGUGGUGGUCUGUUAGUAAAUGAACAAAUGGAAACAAAUUGGAAAGAUGUGUAUGCAGCAGGAGACUGUGCAUAUGCCAAUUGGACAUGGUCUCCACAUUGGUUUCAAAUGAAAUUAUGGAGUCAAGCUAGACAAAUGGGAUUUCAAGCUGCUAAGUCUAUGUUUUGCCAUAGUCGAGGAGACCACAAUAUCCCGCUGGAUUUUUCUUUCGAACUUUUCACUCAUGUGACUUACUUUUUUGGAUUUAAGAUUGUUCUGUUGGGUCGUUUCAAUGGUCAGGGUAUGAAUCUGUCUGCAUCAGAUACUUAUCUUUUAAUGCGUGUUACACGUGGACGAGAAUUCAUCAAAUGUAUCAUGAAGUCAGGUCGUAUGCAAGGCGCAAUAUUAAUUGGAGAGACUGAUUUAGAAGAAACUUUAGAAAAUUUAAUUUUAAAUCAAAUUGAUUUGACUAAUUUAGAAGAUCGUCUUCUUGAUCCAGACAUUGAUUUAUCAGAUUAUUUCGAUUAG